ACGUCUGCGGAUAGCGACCUCCUGCGCAUUCUGUUCUCUUGAGACAGGUAGUCCACUACGUUUAUUUGCAGAUAUUUGUGUCAUCUGUAAGUCAUCUGUUUGACCAUGCCGAUCAUUUCGGUCUCGCCCACUACGCCAAUGCGGCCACUGAACACCUGCUCUAUCUGCACUCAGCGUGUAGGACCUCGUUCCAAAGCCAUCACCUGCUCGAUCUGUCUUCACCGUGUUCACGCUCCUUGUGACAAUUCGCUCCAUGCAGCUGACAUCGAAUUCUGUCGCUCGCAUCCACAGACGGUCCUGCGGUACAUUUGCCCGGUUUGCAUUCCCAGAAUUGCGAACUACGUGCGGGAUAUUUCUUGCGACCUUUCCUCCACGACUUGCCCUAUGGUUGGUUCUGUAAUCUCGUCUCCCACUAACCCGCCCUCCACACCGCGUAACAAGCAGUCGCAGACGCAGUCGCCCCGGUCACCACGAUUCGUUGAGCCGCCUAGCAACAAUGCUCGCUCAGAAGUGCGCUUGCUUAAUCUGGAAGAACAGCUACAGAAUCUAUUGCGGAAAGUCGACGGUCUAACCAAACGACGACAACAACCUCCCAACCGUCCUGAAUCACGCACCGUCUCACCGUUACCAACUGCUGGUCUACCCAACACUUGCCGACGACCAACGCUUCCGACGGAGGCCCUCCCACCAAGUAAGCUUGCUACCGCUCCACAUCCGCGUUCGUCUAAGCGAAUAACGAGUAGCCCUGCUCCUAAUUCUGUCAUAUGUACAAACGUGCCCGAGUCCAACGACCCGCAACUUCAGAAUCGACAUUCUCAUGAUUCCACUAUGUGGAGCUCAAUCUGUACCGCGUUAAACCUCCCUGAAACAAAACCCAUUAGUCUCACAAGACUGACUCGCCACACUUCAUCUCCGAGCGCCGGUAAGCCAAGACUUCUGCGUGUUGACUUGCAGCCAGGCCCGGCUAUGGAGGAUGUCCUGUUGUCAGCACACCUACUCCGAAACAAUGCGUCUCUCGGCAUUUACCAAAUUCGUAUCUUCCCCGACAUCCCUUGGACUAAGCGCGCUGCGCGCAGACAGCAACUGACGCCACCCACUCAACCAUGCUCCAUCAUUGUGCAUGGCGUCCCAGAACUGCAUGCCCUUGACGCAACCUUACAACAACGACAACAGCAUGACUGUAAUCAAUGGCGGUUCCUUCAGCAGACACUAAAUAUUGUCAACGUAAUCACAACGGACGUUCACCGCCUACCUCGUCCAGCAAGUUAUACAGGAACAGCCCCCGUCUCCUGAAAGUGACAUUCCUCACCGCUAGCAUGGCAACCGAUGCACUCACCAUCUGGUAUGCUAAUAAAAGACGAGCACCACCAGAUAUCCGUCUGCGUCCAGAUGGGCACCCGGUGCCGAGGCGCACAGCUUCCCACAGACCCCUGGUAGCAGCAGCAGCAAACUCGGUACCGACACACUCUGACCAGAUCGUCCUCAGACGGUCCACCACCGAACCACCUGCCUCACUGCCUGGAGUAAUUUACUCACCUACACAUUCCAACCUUCAGACUUUCAACGACCCAGCCGCCAGCACCCAUCUGUGCUCCGACGACCCACACCUUGUUUCCCCAACUACAAACCUUAGCGGCUCCACCCCUCUAAACCAAAAAAACGGUGCACUGCCGGUCAUCUGCUGACCGGCAGCACCCUAGUUACUCCCGCGCUCAUCACCCAAACGGGCCUCACCUGUAUCUACACGAACGCACAGGGCCUCAUGUCCAAACUUCCGGAGCUCCAAUCCCGACUUCUAUCAACACCAGCGGACCUAAUAGCCAUAACGGAAACGUGGCUCUCCGGCGACAUAACCGACGGUGAAAUCCAACUUCCUCACAUGUCAGUUCUCCGCUCUGACCGCGCAACCCCAGGUGGCGGUGUCGCACUGUACUAUGACAUCUCCCUCAGCUGCAGCAUGUUAACAAACACUGCCCUCCAGUCUCCAGACACCAUGUGGUGCGAGGUCGUACUAACCGCCAAACACUCCAGCUGUCUUGGUAUCAUUUACCGCCCCCCAAACAACUCUCCCGAGAAGGAUGCACGACUACUGCACGACAUCCACCUUAUGUUAUCCCACAAGCGCACACACUUUCUUAUCAUGGGUGAUUUCAACCUGCCCCGUCUAUUUCACUCUGUCCCGUCUACUAACUCCUUUGCAUCAGGCCUCAUUGAUCUUCUUCACACGGCCCCGUUGUACAACCACACGUAUCAGCCGACCAGAUUCCGAUCCAACAACCAACCGUCCCUGCUAGAUCUCGUCCUCACUAACGAAGAACUGAUGGUUGAGCACGUUGAGUAUGAUGCCCCUUUGGGGCUUAGCGACCACUGCGUCCUCCGUUUCGAUUUUAUAUGCUUCGCCGAAAAACUCGUCAGCACGCCAACUUAUACCAAACGCUGGACUGAUUACGGAAAGUUGAACCUUCUCAUUUCCGCUAACAACUGGUCACCCGAGCCCCAAUCGAGUGCCGACAGCGUGUGGUCAAGCUUUUGCCUUACCCUACGUGAACUCUGCUCCACUACGACGACGUGCAAAGAAGUUUCCAUAGGGAAGAGACGCCCAGCACUCAUCCGAAGUCGUACACGGAAAUGGAUUGCCUCCAGGAACACGGCAUGGAGAAACUAUCGCUCCCAUCCAACGGCCACUCAGUGGGAAUAUUACCGAUCCAUCCGUAACCAAUGCGUCCAUCUUGUACGAGAAGAUAAGAGUGAGCACCAGCGUCAACUUAUGCGUAAAUUUUCAUCCAAUCCCAAAGCCUUGUAUAGUCAUGUCAAUAGUCUUCGACAAGUCAAGCACGGUGUCACCGCAUUGACGACCCCCACAGGGCUCACGAAAUCAGCUAACGAGGCAGCAGAAGUCCUGUGCCAGCAGUACGCAUCCACAUUCUCCGUUCCAUCAAUGCACACAACGACGGUACCUUCUUCGGUUUCACUCUCAACUUCCCUGACGACUGUUCAUUUCACUCCGGAGAAGGUCCUGGCGAAACUCAAAUCCCUGCGGCUAACGGCCUCUCCUGGCGCUGAUGGUUUCCACCCACGGCUCUUGCGAGCGUGCGCUGCAGCUCUAGCUUUACCCCUAGCGGAGCUGUUCACCCACUUCUUCUUGCAAGGCAAAGUUCCCAAUGAUUGGAAAUGUGGGACUAUUACACCAAUCUACAAAGGCGGUACUCGCAAAGAUCCGGCCAAUUACCGACCGAUAACUCUCCUAUCUACGAUCUCCAAAGUGAUGGAAUCGAUCGUCGCAGACGCUUUAAUGGACCACAUGGAGGCCCAGAAACUGCUCUCUGAUUGCCAGCACGGUUUCCGGCGUCAACGGUCUUGCCUGAGUAACCUGCUUCUUGCCAGGGACAGCUGGACGACUGCAGCCGACUCUGGCCAAGAAACGCAUGUUAUCUUCCUGGAUUUCGCCAAAGCCUUCGACAAGGUCGACCACAAGAUUCUGCUGCGGAAACUGUCAUCUUACGGCGUUUCAGGGGACUUGAUGGACUGGAUCCGGAACUACCUCCAAAACCGUACCUUCCAAGUACGCGUCGACGGAGCGUUGUCUCCCCGCAUCCUUGCCACAAGCGGAGUUCCACAGGGGUCUGUUCUCGGACCGCACCUCUUCCUAGCCUUCAUUGACGACGUCACACCGCAAGUGGAGUCUUCGCUGCUACUAUACGCGGAUGACGCGAAGCUGUGGCGCACAAUUAACCUUCCGGACGAUGCCCACGCACUUCAGACGGACCUCGACCGUCUAAAUCAGUGGUCCAUAGAAAAUAACCUUCCAUUUAACGCUUCGAAAUGUCGCGUCCUUUCUACCCGCCCUUCCGCUUUUUCUCCUGUAUAUUACCUGGGAGCGUCUAUCCUCCAGAUCUCUUCAGCCGAAAGAGACUUGGGUAUCAUUACCCAGACGAGUCUUUCCGUAUCCGCUUCCUGCCGGAAAGCAGCUGCUGCUGCUAACCGCAUGGUGGGAUUGCUGAAACGAGCCUUCGGUCAAAUUGACCCCAGCAAUUUCCGCCUCCUCCUUAACGCUUUUCUUCGACCCCACUUGGAGUUCGCUAUUCAGGCUUGGAGCCCUUGGUUGUUGAAGGACCAACGCAUACUCGAAGCCCCACAACGUCGAGCAACCAAACUGGUCCGAGGUCUCAAGCACCUAGAUUAUCCACAACGACUUCAGUGCCUGGGCCUCUACUCGCUUAAGUACCGACGUCUACGGGGUGACCUGAUCCUCGUAUUCAUGAUCUUAUCCAACCCUGGACAUCCCUGUCGCCACCUACUCACACUGCACCAAUCGGGCUCCCACCUACGUGGCCACCCACUGAGGCUCACACAUCAGCACAGUCGGCUGAACUGCAGACGACACUACUUCGCUUUGCGAAUCUGCCGACCGUGGAAUGCUCUGCCUGCCGAUUUAGUCUUGGCACCCACUGUGGCGGACUUUAAGACCCGCUUGGACUGUCAUCUGGCCGAGCUACACCGCGAUAUUCCCUAAUUUAACUGCAUUCUACUGGAUGGAAUUUCUUUCUUUUUUUCUUCCACCUACUUCCUUUCCAAAGCCGUUUCGGAGGGCGUGGUGGGAUGUCUCGCUUUGAGCCGGCGUGCAUUCUGUUUAAAUGCCACAUAAGCCCGAUGAAGAUACGGCUAACACGCGAGUCCAACCCGCUAUAAGGUUGCUUGGCCUUUCAUUAGACCCGACCCGUACUCUUUUUACCCUAUGGGUCAUGUAAAGCUCGAGCUUUUAUUCCCAUUAAGUACAAUGUUCCAAUGUUC